CCAAUGUCCACCACCACCAACCUUCACUUCCUCCUCACGAAUAACACCCUUACGACAAGCGCCCACAAGACCAACCAUUUCGCCCCGCCCGCCCACAGGCAUGACCGGCGCUGAAGUCCAGACAGUCGGAUUCAACGCCCGCGCCCUCGUAGCCCACGCCCAUCAGCGCCAACGAAGUUGCUCCAACAAGAAGACCAACAACGCCUGUGGGGUGUCCAUACGAGUCAACGGCGAGUGCCAGGUCCCGCAAGCAAACCACCUCACGCCCACAGGAGACCAUCUCACGCCCAUGACACCCCCCUGCACACCUCCACAGGAAGACCCCCUCUCGCCCCAGGGGGAACCGGUGCCCGCCCAAGGUGAAAUAAUCCCCCUGUGUGACCUGACCUUGGAAAUGACCCCGCCUCUGCCCCGCCAGCACUCGCGCAAGAGGCAAGGAAGGCAGUCACAUGAACUCUACGACUGACCUGGCCUGGAGUGGGCGGGAUAGUCGUCAAGUGGUUGUGCAUUGUGAUUAUUUUAUUUUCCCUUAUUCUCCUUUCUCUUCUUUCAAAGCCAUAUUCUCUUAUUCUUCUUUCAAAGCCAUGUUCUCUUAA